CAGACUCUUCGCUAAAGGUUAGAGUCCAAAGAAAUGACCUAAAAUCUGUUUUGAAUGUGCAAAAUCUUCCUGAACAAGUUAUGUCACAAGGUUCGUCUUGCUUUAACGCCAUUUGGAGACUGAUUUAAGGUUUAUUUCAUCACAAAAUAUAUAGUUUCUGACAUUCUGUUGACCAUGGAAGACACGAACAGUUGCGCCUCUGCAGGCAUCAACAUGCUCACUGUCAUCCUACUGGGAAAGAGUGGCAGCGACAAGGCACUGAUAGGGAAUACCAUUCUAGACAAUGAAUGUUUCAGCCCAGAAGAGUCCACGUUUAAGAAAGCAGUGCUGCAAAUGAACAGUAGGAUGUGCUGUGUCAUAAACACUCCGGACCUUUACCAUGGACAGAACCCUGGCUGCGAGAAACAAGUCUUUGAGGAGAUAAAACCAUCUUUCUCAGAUGCGUGUGUGUUCCUCCUGAUCAUGCAAGAUGACCACGCCUCAUCAGAAGAGAUGGCCAUGUUGGCACAGCUAAAGCAAACUUAUGGACAAAACGAAGUGGACAACAUAAUUGUGGUGCUUGUCAAAGAUAAAAGAAUGUCAAUAAAAGAGUCAACAUCUGAAGCUAAAACGCACUUUCAAGAGAUUCUUCAUGAAUGUGGUGGAAGAGUUUGUUAUUUCAAACAUGGCAUGAAGAGCGAAGAACUGAAGGAUCAGUUGCUGACACAGUACAGAAGAAUCCAGCAGAAGUGUCCACCUGAGAGGUUAGAUGAGACCCUUGAGGAACCUAAUAAAUCUGGUCACCAAACGCCUGAAAAGGAAAAGGCACCAUCUGCUGUAGACACACCAGUUGCAGCCAUGCCUGAGGAGGAAAAGCUGGAAUCUAGGAUAUACGAAACCAUUGAUAGAUCUUAUAAACCAUGUGACAUAAAGCAGGAGCAGGAAAAGGCACAACCUAAUCCAUCUGAAACGGAACCAGUUGCAGCUGUGCCUGAAGAGGAUGAGGAGCAAUCUAGGAUAUACGAAAAUAUUGAAAGAACUUCUGAGCUCUUUGCCAAAAAACUUGAGAAAACACAACCUAAACCAGCUGAUGAGAAGUCAGCUGAAGCCAUGCUUGACGGUGAGAGAAACGUGAUGACCAUUGUGCUGUUGGGACAGACCGGCAGUGGGAAAAGUGCGACUGGUAACACCAUACUGACCAAAAGAUAUUUCGAGUCCCAUGCUAGUUCUACAGCCACAACACAGGAAUGUAAGGUAGCAGAGGAACUGGUCUGUGGAAUAAAGAUGAGGGUCAUUGAUACACCAGAUUUCUUUGACGAAGAUCUAAAGAAUCCAGAGAUCCACGUUAAGAAGUGUAAAGAACUCUCUCAGCAGGAGCCUGUGGUGUAUUUACUGGUUAUGCAUAUGGGCCGUUUCACAGUGGGAGAAAGAGAGAGCGUCUCGAAUAUACAGAAAACAUUCGGGGAGGAAGUGGUCAAAAAGACGGUCAUCCUGUUCACAGGCAAAGAGAAGCUGAAGGGGGUGAGUUUAGAAGAUUACAUUAAAAAUACUGACCCUCAGCUUCAGCAGCUGAUAAAAACUUUUGGCUCGAGAUGUCACGCUUUUGACAACAACGACAAAAGCCGUCACCAAGUAAAGGAGCUGGUCAAGAUUAUUUUGGAAAUGCUAUGUGGAGGAAGACACAACAUCAAAGAGCAUUACCGCAGAUACAAGAAGUCAGAGCACAAAGACUGCCGAGUUCUAUAGACUGCUAAAGGGAAAAGACGCUGCUAUCUAAUGCUAGCAUUGUUAUAGUAAUGUUAACAUUAUGUUAAAGCUAACAUUGCCAUGACCUAUUUUACAAUGUUAGUUAUUAUAAAAAUCUUUAUUAUAUAAUGUUAGCAUUAGCAUAAGAAUACUAGCUCUGUUUAAUAAAUGUUAGCAGUGUUAUACUGAUUACUAAAGCUAGCAUUAAUAUAGUAAUACAUACACUAUAUUGACAAAAGUAUUGGGACA